AUGCGGGCAGACGAACCAGCUGACCUUCUUCCACCAACGCUGGCCGCGAAUGGACACUUGGGAAUUGUUAGGUCAUCUUACUUCGCAGGCGCAGCCGUGGCGUCCCUGGCGCCGGGCGGUUCUCCGCCGCCGUCGUCGCCUGCGCCGCUGGACCCCAACGACCCGCUCCUGACCAACCCGACGGUGGCGUUGGCCGUCAAGUCGUUCCGCAACAUGCGCAGCGCCGCGCUGACGCCCGUCGCACGGCGGCUCCGAGACAUCAUGAUCAAGCGCCAGCAGCUGAGACAACAGCAGCAGCAGCAGAUGGCGCUGCAGCAGCAACUGAGCCCUGGCGGCGGCGGCGGCCAGGACUGGACCGAGGUCAGCAUCGCCUGCCCGCCGCCCGGCACCAACCUGCACGGCCGGAAGCCGAUCAAGGGCCGCCGGCCGCUCAUUCCUCCGGGCCAGCUGCUUCGGGAAACCCUCGGCGCCGACGUGCUGCUUCUACUGGGCGCCCUGCUCGCGUUCCUCGGCUCGGCCGUCACGCUGCUCGCAACGUACGGCCGGUUCGGCAACCCGGAGUCUCGGCCGACCGUCCUCGGACUGGGGCCGCCUCUGGUCGGCAUCGGGUUCGUGUUCUGCAUGCUGAGACUGUUCUUCUGCAAGCCGCAGAAGAUCAAGAACGCCUGCUGUGGUUGGCUGCUGGCCGCGCGCGUCCACCCGAGCCGCGGCGGCAACCGGACGCCGGUCAACGUCGCCACAGCCGUGGCGCCCCAGGUGGCCGACCACGGUGCCACGUACGACGCGACGCGCUUCAGCCAGACUUGGACUAUCACGUGACAGUCGGCUUUCCGUGUCGUGGUUGUGUGUUCCCUUUCCUUCCGGAAUAUGGCCGUGUGCACGUCUACAAGAUGGCAGUGUGAACGUCUACGACGCGUCAACCUGUGUGCCAACCUUUAGUAGUAUAUACGUACUUGCCUUGGCUCGAGGAACAUAUAGAAAGUGCUAGCUGGGACGGUUUGGGGAAGGGGAAGCAAAAUAAGGAAAUAAGCGGCGUUCACAAAAGGAGCAUGCAUCUUCCUCGUGAAAUGUAUCUCCUUACUGCACUUCCUUGCUGCACCAUUGGUCGUUAAUUGUUAACGUCGGUAACCGUUCCCGAGGCAGUGUGUCGGGCCCACGUUGCUGGCCAUCAAGGACGACGGUAACCAAUGGACGAAAUUUCACGAGGAGUGAUUGUCCACCACACUCCUUUAGUUAGAUGUCCUUAUUUGUA